GGUUUACUCUCCGCUUGCUUUCCUAGAUGGUUCAAUAAGGCAAUAACGCCGUGACAGGUACUCUUUCCCACCCUGCACUUUGAAGGAAAAAAUACAUGCAAGGCGAGCCAAUUUAUUUAAUAUUACUUGCAUUUUUGUUUUUAAUUUGUUGUCUUGUAUGCCUUCCAAGAGCAUCAAUCAAAUAUAUUUUUAAUCUAAUCGUAUUUUCUCUGAGAUGGAAAUGAGAUGUCGCCCAACAACGGUGAUGUGCUGUGCUCUUGCGGUUCUCUGCUCCGUCGCUCGUUCCGUAAAUGCUUCAUUCGGGGACAGACAGUACCUCAACGAAUGGGCGGUGGAGAUUCCCGGAGGACUGGACGCCGCCAGGUCCAUUGCCAAAGAACUGGACUACCGAGUAGUCCGCCAGAUUGGGGCGCUAGAAAACCAUUACUUGUUCAAACACCAGACUCAUCCCAGCAGGACGAAACGAAGUGCCGAUCACAUCACCAAACGCCUGUCCGAGGAUGAUCGGGUAUCAUGGGCGGAGCAACAAUAUGAGAAGCGGCGCAGUAAGCGGGCGUCACUGGGGUCAUGCCGGGACUGUCCGGUGGACGAGCUGUUCAAUGACCCUAUGUGGAACCAGCAGUGGUACCUGCAAGACACUCGGACAUCGUCCUCCCUGCCCAAGCUGGACCUCCACGUGAUUCCUGUGUGGAAGAAAGGGUUCACAGGAAAAGGAGUGGUCAUCACCGUGCUGGACGACGGUCUGGAGUGGAACCACACCGACAUCUACCCCAACUAUGACACAGCAGCCAGCUACGAUUUCAAUGACAAUGACCCUGACCCCUUCCCCAGGUACGACUCCACCAAUGAGAACAAGCAUGGGACCAGGUGUGCCGGUGAGAUCGCCAUGCAAGCAGACAACAAUAAAUGUGGAGUCGGGGUGGCGUACAACUCCAAGGUUGGAGGGAUCCGCAUGUUGGAUGGUAUCGUGACGGAUGCCAUCGAGGCCAGUUCUAUUGGCUUCAAUUCGGACCACGUGGACAUCUACAGUGCCAGCUGGGGACCCAACGAUGAUGGAAAAACGGUGGAGGGUCCCGGUCGCCUGGCGUCAAAAGCCUUUGAGUACGGCAUCCGGAAGGGCCGGGGAGGGAAGGGCUCUAUCUUCGUGUGGGCAUCAGGAAACGGGGGCCGCCAGGGGGACAACUGCGACUGCGACGGUUACACAGACAGCAUCUACACCAUCUCCAUCAGCAGUGCCUCCCAGCAGGGCCUGUCCCCCUGGUACGCUGAGAAGUGCUCCUCCACCCUGGCUACCGCCUACAGCAGCGGAGACUACACCGACCAGAGAAUAACCAGUGCUGAUUUGCAUGAUGAAUGCACAGAGACACACACAGGAACCUCCGCCUCCGCCCCACUAGCUGCUGGGAUAUUUGCCCUCGCACUGGAACAGAACCCUGAGCUGACGUGGAGGGAUCUGCAGCACUUGGUGGUGUGGACGUCUGAGUUCGACCCGCUGGCCAACAACCCCGGCUGGAAGAGGAACGGGGCAGGCCUGAUGGUCAACAGUCGUUUUGGCUUCGGCCUGCUCAAUGCCAAGGCCCUGGUGGACCUGGCCGACCCGGACACCUGGAAACACGUCCCUGAGAAGAAACAGUGCAUAAUCAGGGAUGACUCCUUCCAGCCCAGGGCAUUGAAAGCAGCAGGAGAGAUCACCAUUGAGAUCCCCACCAAGGCCUGUAAUGGCCAGGACAAUGCUGUCCUCUCACUGGAGCAUGUGCAAGUGGAGGCCAGCAUCGAGUACACCAGGAGAGGAGACCUACACAUCACACUCACAUCCCCAUCAGGCACUAGCACGGUCCUGCUGGCAGAGAGAGAGAGGGACAUGUCAUCUAACGGCUUCAGGAACUGGGACUUCAUGUCUGUUCACACCUGGGGAGAAGACCCCACUGGCACCUGGACCCUCAAGAUAACUGACACGUCCGGGCGGAUGGAGAAUGAAGGCCAGAUCCUGACCUGGAAGUUGAUUCUCCACGGCACGUCAGAGAAGCCCGAGCACAUGAAGAAACCCAGAGUGUAUGUCCCUUACAACGCUGUCCAGAAUGACCGUAGAGGAGUAGAGCACAUGGACGACAUGAUGGAGGAACUGUCCACCCAGGCUGAGGCCCACUCACCACAGAAGACUCAACCCCCUCCUUCUGCCACCCCCAAGAUGAAGCAGAUGAGGCCCUCCUCCCCACCCCUGUCACCCUCCCUGGCCCUCCUGCAUCUCCUCCAGAUGGCCUUCAACCGGCAGACCCCCGCCGCCCUGCCCCAGUCCCCAGAAAAGGCCCCCUCUAGCAGGGGAGAGCAGCACCAGGGAAGGCCAUACUCCAUUCCAGGGGGAGCAGGCCCUCGCAUCGCUCCCCAGAAGCUGUACCAGGCCCUGGACAGGAUCAACCAGUACCAGCGGGCCGGGCAGGAUGAAAGCCUUUACAGCGACUACAGUGAUGGCUUCUACAGCGCCAAACCCUACAGGCACAGAGAUGACCGGCUGCUGCAGGCACUCUUCAACAUGCUCUCUAACGACAGGCAGUGAGGGGGGGGGGGGGGGGGCAUGGGGUGGAACUCAGUGUGUGCAGGCUUUUGUUCCAGACCCAACAUAUCCAGCCCUGUAGGAUUCAGGGCCGAUUGAACUAAUCAUGGUCUACAUUGAAGAUUGUGCUUAGUUAACUACCGGUAGUUGAAUCAGGUGUGUUAGUGCUGGGCUCAAGCCUACACAUCCCUGCGGUUCUCCUUUGUCAAGAUUGGCCACCCCGGGGUAAGGUGUGAGAGAGAUAGGGUGAGGAGGCGGCGGCUGGGCAUGGAAGGAGCAUGCGAGAGAGCGGGAGAGUGAAAGCCAGAGAGAAACUCUUCCAGCCAAAUGUGUUGUUGUUUUUCCAAAACUCUGCUUUUCUUACCUUGCAGCAUUCUAGCCUGUCUCUCUGUCUCUCUGUCUAUCUGUCUUUCAUUCUGCACAGUUGUAGGUCGGUUGCAUCUCAAUUCCCGGAAGUAGCUUCCCUUCCUCCUCCCCCUCCUCCUAAUGUAGUGAAAUCUAGCUAGCCCAUAGACUUCCGCCAUAUUGUUUCAGUCUUCUAAGAUCAUUAUGCAUGAAAGAAAAGAGGCAAGGAAAGGGGGCCCAAAUAGAAUACUUAGAUUCAACUAGGAUUCCAUUCCACCUGCCUCCUCCAGCCAUUUAUCCACCUCUAUCCACCAUCAUUCCACCCCCUUCCUCCAGCCAUCUAUCCACCUCUAUCCACCAUCAUUCCACCCCCUUCCUCCAGCCAUCUAUCCAACACCUCCUCCAACCACCUAUCCACCUCUAUCCACCAUCAUUCCACCCCUCCACCAGCUGUCUAUCCACCAUCAUUCCAUCCCUUCCUCCAGCCAUCUUUCCACCUCAGGAUGUGUCCCAAUAGUCUUAAAGGGACACUUCACUUCAAAACAAAAGUUAGUAAGAUGUUUUCAGGCCUCAAAAGUGGUCUGGUGUAGAGAUGAGUUCACGUACCAGGACAUGUGUUUUUUAGAUCCAACUGUACGCCUCAACCCCAAAUUAAUGAAAAAAUAUAGGCACUGAAUAAAAUGAGGAAAUGUAUUUCCAUUCAUUCCAGAUUAAGGAAAGUUAUUUCCAUUCAUUCCAGAUUUGGCAUAUAUAUGUAGCUGGAUCUACUCAAGAUUUGACACGGGACAUAGACUCAUCUGUUCAUAACUUUUUGGGUAUGAAUCGUCAGACAAAACAAACUUGAUUUUUGAGUCCCAAGAGACAGAGAGAAAAAUAUUAAUAAUUGUAUAUAUUUAGUAUAUCAAUUAUAUUUUGAGGCUCUAUUUAUCACCUUUACCUAUCGGUGGUAUUGAAGAAAUGGAGACAAGAGAAGGAGAUAAGGAAAUAACAUUAAGACUUUUGGGACACAGCCCUAUUCUCCCUUCACUCUACCACCUGCUUGAGCAUGCUACCUUCAGAAUAUAAAUUUCAUAAUUGUAUUAUGACAUGAUCAAAUAUUAUACAAAGACAAUGAUUGUAAUGUUGUUUUUAAAUAUACUUGGCCUCUAAAAUAUCCACCUCUCUAAAUUCCAACUCUGAAAUAUCGAUUUAAUAUUUAUACUUUGACAUGUUUAUUUUGUCAUGUAUUUGUUUUCUGUAAGAGUAGAAGUACUCACCUUGCUACUGUAUCUUAAACCCAAAUCCUAAUUUGAAGAAUGUGAUUUUAAGAUACAGUGCCUUGCGAAAGUAUUCGGCCCCCUUGAACUUUGCGACCUUUUGCCACAUUUCAGGCUUCAAACAUAAAGAUAUAAAACUGUAUUUUUUUGUGAAGAAUCAACAACAAGUGGGACACAAUCAUGAAGUGGAACGACAUUUAUUGGAUAUUUAAACCUUUUUUAACAUAUCAAAAACGGAAAAAUUGGGCGUGCAAAAUUAUUCAGCCCCUUUACUUUCAGUGCAGCAAAUUCUCUCCAGAAGUUCAGUGAGGAUCUCUGAAUGAUCCAAUGUUGACCUAAAUGACUAGAUCAGUCUUCUCCUUGUAUGAGCUGAAAGUUUAGAGGGACAGCCAGGUCUUGGUGGAUUUGAUACUCCUUGGUGGUCUGAUACUCCUUCCAUUUCAAUAUUAUCGCUUGCACAGUGCUCCUUGGGAUGUUUAAAGCUUGUAUCCAAAUCCGGCUUUAAACUUCUUCACAACAGUAUCUCGGACCUGCCUGGUGUGUUCCUUGUUCUUCAUGAUGCUCUCUGCGCUUUUAACGGACCUCUGAGACUAUCACAGUGCAGGUGCAUUUAUACGGAGACUUGAUUACACACAGGUGGAUUGUAUUUAUCAUCAUUAGUCAUUUAGGUCAACAUUGGAUCAUUCAGAGAUCCUCACUGAACUUCUGGAGAGAGUUUGCUGCACUGAAAGUAAAGGGGCUGAAUAAUUUUGCCUGCCCAAUUUUUCCGUUUUUGAUUUGUUAAAAAAGUUUGAAAUAUCCAAUAAAUGUCAUUCCACUUCAUGAUUGUGUCCCACUUGUUGUUGAUUCUUCACAACAAAAAUACAGUUUUAUAUCUUUAUGUUUGAAGCCUGAAAUGUGGCAAAAGGUCGCAAAGUUCAAGGGGGCCGAAUACUUUCGCAAGACACUGUAUGUGCACAAUUUCAAGUUAGGUUUACGACUAUACUUUAAUAUGCAUAAAAAAUGCAGUCCCCGUACUGAUUGUUUUUCAAACUGAAAGCUCAAAGAUGUUGAUAUGUGGCAUAUUCUUCACAGGGUGUCAACAAAGCUUUGGAGAGUUUGAGAACAGCAGUCUUUUACCCGGUUCUCUUGAGAAAAAAAAGUUCAGUUCUUGGAGAAAUUCUUAAAAUAUUAUAUUUUUUAAACAACAACAUACAGUCUAAAACAAACUAAAUUGGGAAGAUAACUGACCAAGAAUAAAUUGGUUGUGUCAUUUUUAUGGAUGUUGUCCGACCUUAUAAGAUAUAUAUAGAUAUGAUGAAUAUGAUUGAAGCUUUUGCAAAUUGGCAAUGUUGAAACCAUCUGAAUACUUAUGUAUUUUAACUUGCUCAUAUAAAAUAACAAUAAAAAACAUUUUCUUAAGUAUCAUAGGAAUGUUGUGCAAUUUGAUUAAUUUUAUAUUCAAAAGUACAAUGCUGCAUUAAAUGAAAUAUUUUUCUAAAAAAAAAAUAUAUAUAUAUGUAUAUAUUUAUAUAUAUAUAUAUAUAUCCCUUAAAGUCAUUUUAUUUUAGAUUUAGUCAAAUUCUAGGUUUAUAUUAAUACAAACGAAAUGGAAUUAUUAAUAGAAAUGAACACUGCCAAACUGUUGUGCUGCCAAAUUUUGUAAAAGUUUUCCUGUGUUUGGGUGAUUGUAAAACAGGCUUCGAUGUUGUUGCUUCAUUUACAAACUCAUAUUAAUACAACUACAUGGUUAUAUGCAACUUACUGGAUAUGUUCAUUUAUACAAUAUUUUGGUAUUAGUGGACUUUUCUGAUUCAAUCCAGUUAUACUUUACUGUAGGCGGGGCUUCACACCAAAAAACCAUAACACAUUUAUAGUAUAAUGCCUUCAUAUGCCCUACAUAAACAUUCACGUUUAUGCUCAACUGCAGGUUGGUAGAUGUCACUGCAUUAUCUUAUGGCAACUUGCGGUUGAUAAGCUUAGCUGACAUUUGCAUGUAUAAAUGCUUAUGUAGUGAUUAUGACAGUGUUAGGAACUGCUAUGAAUGUGCUACGUAGCCCUAUGUAUGUAAAGCCCCAUACACUACAGUGUUAAGUAUCCCCUGUUUUCUGUGGUAUUGGCUCUAGCUCUACUCUCUGCCAAACAAGGUGAAAGAUUGAGAUGACAGAUGAAGAAUGGUUUACAUGCAUCCUGUAAUUUAUACAUCUUUCAAUGUAGACAGUGUUGUUGAUCUGUUCGUUAAUAUUUUGGAUUUGAUUGAUGCUUCUGUCCAAUGUUGUUCACAAGAGUUGAAAUAUGUCGCUAUUUAUGUAUGGAUGUACAAAAUGAGAUUUAUCGUAAUAAACUGCAAAGUAACCUGGUGAA